CAUCCAUCGUUGUCUCCGCCCUCCGCCAGACUGCCACCCUCUCACAAUCCCACGAACGCACUCCCAAGAACCGCGCGAGCGCGAGAAGCAGCGGCCUCGCUUGCUCCGCCACGAGCUCCGAUGGGGCGUGCCCGCCCCAGGAGGUGGCACCGGACCCGUGUGGACCUGGGGGAGGAAGAGCCUGCCCUCUUCCCGCUCGGCGCUGAGGUGGAGGUGCGCAGCGACGACCUCGGAUUCGUCGGCUCCUUCUACGAGGCCACCAUCGCCGGGUACCACCCCAGCGGCCGCGGGUACGUGGUAGCCUACUCCACGCUCACGAGACGGGAGGACGGUGGGUCGCCGCUCCGGGAGCAUGCCGCCGCGGAGGACGUGCGCCCGCGGCCCCCGGCGCCGCACGCGGACGAGCCGCCGCGGAACUUCGCGAUGCACGAGAUGGUGGAGGCGUUCCACAACGAGGGAUGGUGGGCCGGCGUCAUCUGCGCCGUGCCGCCGGAGGUGAUGGCGCUGGCGGGGGACGGGGAGCGGCGGCCGCGGCGGGUGUACACGGUAUGCUUUCCGACGUCGCGGGAGGUGCUGGAGUUCGAGGAGACGGCGCUACGCCCCCGCCGCCUUUUUCGGGGCGAGCGGUGGGUCCCGGCUGCAGAGGCUGCAAAUGAAAGUCCAACGUUCAGAGAGGGACGCCAAGUUGAAGUGAGUGGGUCUGCAAAAACUUACGGCGAGUACUGGAAUCCAGCUAUUGUUCAGAAAGUAAUUGGUGCUACAAGUUUCUUAGUACAGUAUAGACAUGUCAGAGAGCAUGGGGAACUGACUACUGAGAUUCUAGAUUCUCAAUAUAUUCGACCAGCACGAAACAUUAUUCUUAUGGACUCUAAGUAUAGAUUUCCUCCAUCUUCUCAUGUGGAGGUCUUUCAUGAAGUUAGCUGGUGGCCUGGUGUUAUUUUGGAGGUUUUGGAUGAUAAAUAUAUCAAGAAGUAUGUUGUUAAAAUUAAGAGUCGUGAGACAGACUUGGAUGAUGUGGAAUAUGCGGAUGUAUUGACAGUUGAACAUACACAGCUGAGGCCACAUUAUGAUUGGGAUGGUAAAAAAUGGGUGCGGCACUUAACAGAGAAACCUGUUAAUAUAAGGCCUCCAUUAAAUUCCCGGAAAAGGACAAUUUCUGCUGCCUUGGCAUCAGGCAACGGCAUCGAUGAAAUUCCUGCAUUGGCAUCAUGUAAUGACAGUGAAAAAAUUGCUGCCUUUGCAUCAUGUAAUGACAGCGACAAAAUCAGAGAUACAACUGGCUCUUAUCUUAACAAAAAGGUGAAGAAUGCAGAUGUAAUAUUGGGACCAGUUUGCCCUGACUUAUCGGUAUGUAAUGAAAACGAAAAUGUCCAGCCUAAAACCAGCUCUUAUCUUGAAGAUGCGGUGAAGAAACAAAAUUCAGUUUUGGCAUUAAAGUCCCCUUUGACGCUUCCUUCACAGCUAUCAGUGACAGGCUUUGGCCAUUUGAAGUAUGAUCCUAAACUUUGUCUAAGUAGUCAAGUUCAACUAUCAUCUCCUCGGAUGAUUGCAAUGCCCUCUAUACCACAGACUGGAAAGUUGCAAGCUUCCUUGUUUGGAGCAUUUGGACAGCUAAGACCUCUCCCGCAGGGCCCGGUUUUAGGAAUACAAUCACUUAACCCAGAUUUUGGUAACAUUGGAGGAUCGAAAAGAGCAUUUACUGAUCAGGAAAAGCAAUCAGCUGAUAAAGGUUAUUAUCUGAUGCCUGGUGCUGAACAGAACAUCAGUGCUGGAUCAUUUAUUGGAACUGAUGUGUCCAGAAAAAGGAAGGAGUGUGCUUCUUUUUCGACACGAGAGACACGAGAGGGACUAGGACAGAACCCUGAAAUUAUGCUGACAAGGAAAAGGAUAGUAGAUAAAAACGUUGAGGAAACCAGCAAGAGUGUAGCUAUCUCUGAAGAGCCAACCAAAUCGAAGAAUGAUGGUGACAAUGAACUGCCUUAUGAUGCAACUCCUGGCUCUGGAGUACUUUCGGAAACAAAUACAGUGACUAGCAUUGACCUAACGCCACUAAAGGACAAUAAAGGUUCACAGGAAAGAAGUGUUUUUUUGAGGGAAAGUAGCAUUGUUGAUGAGAUCAUACCUAGUGGAAUACCGAUUGGAACAGAUGAACUUCAGCAAGGGGAUUAUAUUGGGGCACUAAGAUCUGGUGCAAUCAAAGUUAGCGUAUUGAUUGAGAAUUCGGUGCCAUCUGUCACUUCAACAUUUGAUAAACCUGGGGAUGCGAAUAUGUUUCCUUCUGAUUCAUCAACUCAAUUUGGAAACAAAGAAACCGUCGCUGGAAAGUCUGCAAUAAUAAUGGAGAAAAACAUUCGUGAUGAAUUUUUUCAGCAGUCUUUGGUUAUUGCUGAUGAUGCUAAUGUUGAUUUGCUGCCUUCAGCAGAGAGUUGUGGAACUACUGGGGAUGAUCGCCAGCUUUGUAAAGAUAACAUGGAGGCCAUGGUGAAGUGCGCCACAAGUGGUGAUGUUCGAACUGAAAAUGUGUCUAGUAUGUCUCUGGGUGUGUUCAGUGGUGUGGCUCAGAAUCUGUUUACGUCCAGUGAGAAUUGCGAGGCUAACAAGGAGGAUGGUAUGGGCAAGGCAGAUCAUCAAGGAAACACUAGUAAUAUGCUUGAAAUUGAGCAUGCCAGUGCUGAUGGUGACAUAAUUAUGACGCAAAGUUCAACAAAGAAAUUUUCAGCUAAUGAACAACAUGGAGUGUCACAACAGAAUCACAGUUCACCUAUGGUAGAGUAUGCAGCUGAAAGUAGCCAAUCCAUGGAUAAAUCAGCAUUAACUCAGUUGUCUUCUGUUGAUAUGAGCAACUCCACUGAAGCAGAACAUGGAAAUAGAUUGACUGAACCUAAAGAUGAUGAGAUUACGCCAAUGUCCAAGUACAUUCCUAGCAGAACACAUGACUGUUGCCACCCCUUGUUACAGAGAUCUCUAGUUAUCUGUGAGAACAUCAUAGCGGAUCAACCUUCAGAAUCCUUGGGUGUGGAGAAUCUUCCAUUUGUUAAGACCUCCCUGAUGUGGGCACAGAUUGAGGCAAUGGAAAUAUUCAGUAAAGUGCUGCAGCGACCAAGUUUUCAUCAGUUCCAGCUGCAUGUUCCAGAACUCCGUGAAGGAAUGGCAUUAGGUUUGAUGCUCUCCUUCGCCAGUUUAGCAGAAAGCAUUAAGAGGCUGAAUAUUCAGGAUGAGAAUUCACUGUUCGAAGAGAAGAUGAAGGGCGUUUCUACAUUGGAAGCACAUGGCUUUGAUGUGAGUCACCUGCGAUCACGGUUGGAAACACUGCUCCACAUAAAGAAUGGCUGCGCUGAGCUACAGGAUGUGAUUAAAAAGUUGCAGGAGAAGAUUGCUCACAAAGAAAUUGAUGACUGUCAGCUUGGUGCGCAAAUUGGCAUGUUAAAUAAGACUAUUUGCCAGCUUGAUCUGCACGCUUCCCUCUUCCGCUGCAUAAUGCAGUCUGCUGUUUCACAGAAGAUCAACCAUAUGUUGGAGAUCUCAAUGCUCAAAACAGAAGCCAGCGAGCUUGAGCGAUCAUACCUGUCUGCUGAGCAGCGCUUUAGGAGUGUCGUUGCAGCACCGUGGUGAGCCUCCUCGCAGGAAUCUAUCCGCCAUAUUAUGCAUGUAGUUAAGGAGUAGUUAGUAGUAAGUACCUGGAGAACACCCAGGUCUUUUGUGUAUAUAGUUCCUGGCUCGUACUGAUGGACCUUCUGCCUGUUAUUUUUCUGGUUCUGCCCUGGUAUUUAGUGUUGCACCUGCACGUUAUGCAGAAUAUCACGCAUCAUAUGCUCUCAGGUGAAGGUUUGGGUUGUAUUUUGCAUGUGUACUGCUUGCUAGUAAUGAUAUCAAGCUAAGCACUUUGUCCA